GGCGACCGGAAAGUGAAAGAAGAGAUUGAUGGUUUGAUUUUGAAUCUGCAGAACAGAAGCAGGGAAACAGUGGUGGCGGAGUAGUAGCACUAGAUUGGUGUGGCUUUCCAGAUGUCGAUGGGAAGCGACAGCAGUUGGGUCGGCCGGAAACCUCUCCGGCGCCUCGGCGGAAUGUCCGAUGCCCUCUCCAUCGCCGCCGAUCUCGGCUUCUCCGUUCCACCGCCCCCUGCUCAGGAAGAGGUUCAAAACUUGUCUACUAAUGGUGAGAAGGGUGAUGACUUGAUUAGAGUUUUAAGAGAACUUACCACUGUACAAAGAAAAAUAGCUGAUUUACAAGUGGAACUCCAAGGUCGCAAGGAGGAUAAGAAUGUGGCACAUUUGACACAUGCAAGUGAAAUGGAAAAGAAGAUUGAGACUCUGUCAAGGAUUACCACUAUAUUGAAAGAUGUCAUUCAGAACAAGGAUCGCAUCAUAGCUCGUCUUCAACAACCAUAUUCAUUAGAUUGCAUCCCAGUGGAAGCAGAAUAUCAGAAACAAUUUUCAGAAUUACUUACGAAAGCUGCAAGUGAUUAUGGUGCCUUGACUGCAGCUGUUUCUGAUUUUCAAUGGAGUCAGAACUUCAAGGAACCACCUUCAGUAUGGGGGGAAAUGCUACGUCCAAUUCCUGUUGCAUUGGCAUCCUGUACCCGAUUCUUUGAAGCCAUGUCGGCAAUGAGGGAAUCAUUUUCUACACUUCAAAAGUUGAGGGUGGGUCAUUCCUCUUCUUUGCACGCAACUCCAGCCAAGGAUUCUUCCCAAAGGUCUCUAAGGGAUUCUGAUUGUGUGACUCCACCACCUUGGAGGAAUGAGUCAAGCUUUGAUGAUGUAGCUCUCAGAAGCCUCAAAGGUCCAGAAGCUGAAGAUGAAAGUAGUGAAGUCGGUGAUAGUCAUCAGGUCGAUGGCACAAGCCACAGGAGAUUGUCCUGGCCUCCUUCAGGUCAAAAAGAGUGGGUUAUAGUGAGUUUUUGUCCUUAAUUAUUUAUGUGUGCAACAUUUUCAUUAAAUUCUUUGUACUCUUCCUUCUGGAACAAUCUUCGCCUCCAUAUCAUCCUUUGUGAGGCAUAGUUUUUCUUCUUGUUUCUGUUUCAUUGUUAAAGGUUCUUGAGAGUGUUGUGAGUUUGGUAUUGUUUGUUCAUAUUACAUGUCUGAGAGAUUGUUUGAAUUGAACUCAACUUUUUAACUGCUGCUCAUGCCCAUAUGAUAAUUUGCUCAAUCAAUUCUAACUAAUUAUUUCGAUAAGGAA